AUGGGCAGUCCCGGCGAUCCGCCCAAGUCCCAGAAAAAUGUGAUGUGGUCAUUGUUUGGUGCAGAGAGCUCGGAAUGGCCGUUCUCGGACGCUUCGUUAACCCAAGCUUUGGUGUUCAAAACGGAGCAGGAAAAGACCAAACAACAGUUCUACAAACUCGAAUGCGUCAACCGCUCGAUAGAACUGCUGCGAACUGCAAUGAACGCCAAAAUUCCGGGCCCUAUGAUAGCUAAUCUGUUUCAAGGAUCGGGAUCAGGUGUUGACGGUUCCGGGGACGGUUCGAGAAAACCGCAGGAUUCGGUCUCUCGGAGCUCCAGUGCAACUCAGCUGACAGCCAGUUCUUCUUUCAUACCGUCAAAAGAGAACGAUAUUGCCCCACUGAACUACAAGUUUCCUCCCAAAAACAGCUCUGUAAAUUUGCAUCGAAGAACAAACUCGCCGGCGAGAAUUGGUGCAGCAGCAGUGGCUAACUUGGCCGAAAAUAACCAAAUGAAAGAGGAGGAUAGCAAUGACUUGCAUGAGUCAGUGUCGGGCCAGGUUCCAGUGGUAACCAACCAGCGAUCACCUUUGCAGUUUAGAGCACAUCGCAGAAACUUUUCUCUUCCGCUUGCUAAACCAACCCAUCAUAUACAGCAAGAACAUCCGACAGUGUGCCCUAUUAGAAAGCCUCAAGAACCAAUGACAUCAGUGAUAAAUUUUGGCUCAUGGCAGAGUUAUGAUCCAGCUCCCCCAUCGAUGAUGAGACGACAGGGUUCUGUCAGAAAACAUCGCAAAACCAAGUCAGCCAGCACAACUCCAAACUUUGGAGUUAUUGAUCUUAACGUGCCCAAUCAAGUCCGUUUAACGGAUAUACCCAAGACUCGAGACUAUUUUCCAAACAAUGAAAACAAUCCUAAUGAAGACGAGAAUGAGUUCGACGAUCAACGAACCUGUAGCGAGCACAGUAGUAAAGAAACUACGCCAAUUCCUCAAGUUACGAAGGGGCCUAAUUUUGCCAACAAUUUGUUGAAUAGUUGA